AUACAUAAUAAUAAUAAUAACAAUAAUCACUAAUCAGAUUGCUCUGAUCGUGGGUAUUCAUUAUCCAUUAUAGAUAAUUAUUAAAUUGUUUAUUAUACCUAUAUAGUAAUAGUUUACUUUUCGGUCGUUCUGCGCGAACCGUUCGAUCGUUACGAGCGGUCGCGCUGUUUAAUCAACUUCGUAGUCGCUACGGGGUUGAAGUACUUUGUCACGGCACAUACAAUGUCUUUCCACGACAGUAACAUGUCGCCAUCUUCGACGUUUUCAAUGGACGACGACGACAACGUCAGUGUGAAAAUCGAGAACAAAGACCUAACCGACUCCGAUGAAGAAGGCAAAGAAAACCGCGAGAAACACACUGAAAUACAGGAGCAGGUCUACCAGGACAAAUUGGCCGGUAUCCAAAAGCAACUACAGCAGUUGCGCGAUGGGACACACGGUGAAUAUGUAAAACAAUUGAAAAAAUUGGACGCACAGCAUAAAAAUGAACUAAUGAUGAAUAAUUUGUGGCGAGACUGUUUGUUUGAUGCUAUCGAAAGAGAAUUUAAUAGAGAACGGCGUCUAGCUCACAAAGAGUUUGAAGAUCGUAAUGCUGAACUCACCGAGACUUUGAUAUCAGAAUUAAAUGAAAGGAAAAAAGCUAUAGAAAAUGACAGUUUGAGCUCGGAACUUUCUCCUGACUCGUCAGAUCAAAAGCCUGCUAUGACAAGAAAACUGAGAAGAAGACCAAAUGAUCCUGUGGUGCCAGCACCCCAAGAAAAACGUCGCAAACCCCCACCUGUAUCAAAUAUCUAUUAUUUGUUGCAGGAUCAUGAAAUUGAACAGGAUGUAAAACUUAUUCAAGACUCAUUGGCUUCAUUAGCAUCUACUUCUACCACAACAACCCCUACGGUCAAAACACGUGAUACAGUAAAUUCUUCAUCCAUUAGGAAACCAGGGUGUCUUCCAAGUACUAGUUCAUCAACUGCAGGUAACAUGAGUCCUAAAAAAUGUCAGAAUUCAGACACUGAAGGAUCAUCAGCUAUUCCAGAUACGCGAAUCGAAGACGGAAAACUGCUGUUUGAAAAGAGAUGGUAUCAUCGAGGACAACCAGUUUUUGUCGAAGGAAGGCAAAUGGCAAAAUUCCCAGCUGUUAUAUCUGCCAUUGGCAACGAAACUAUUUGGGUUAAGAAAACGUCAGACAACAGUAAAUUUCGUAUCAACUUGUCUUACCUAUCAAAAGGUAAAAUGUCUAUCAAACGUCGAGCUGCUGUUUAAACAACUACUUAUAUUUAGAUGUUAUAUAUCUAUGCAUGUAGGUCAUUCACUUUAUUUUCCUGUUUUUUUUUUUUUUAUUGACAGUUUAUAAAAAUAAUAAUUUGUAUCCUAUAAUAAUAUUACAUUUCCUAUUGAACCUAUUUAAAAUGUAAUUAUUUAAUGAUUUGGGAGGUUAUUUUCAAUUAUCGUAUUAGUAUAUAAAAUAAUAUAAUAAAUUUUUUUCUGUAUGGAA